GCUCGAGACUUCAGCGCAUCUACUGAUCGCGAUAGACACUCGCGUCAGCGAUGGGAAUUAUUUUCGAUUGGCAUCCCAAACACAACUAUCACGAGGUCGGUGAGCUGUGCAUUCUAGCCAGUGCGACGAACCGAAAUCAGAUCCGAUCCACGAACUGCCUAGCUUUGAGAUCUUGCAAAGCUUAUUCGACUGCUCGAUUGAGUAUUUCCCCUGAUCAUCUGUUCCGAGUACCCAAGAUCUGCGAGCGCCUCGAAGCAACUCGACCCCGCCUCUCCCGAUGACUUGAGCAGACAAUUUCUACAGCUUUGAUAGCUCGCCUCAUAGUGGCUUUUUCUGCGAUUGCAUUGUAUCACUGCGCCAUAGCCUCCGUAUUCGUGCCCACUUCCCGCCGGCGCCAACCUCUCCGAACCUCGACACAUCCAUCAAGCGACACCGUGGAGAACAGCAGCCCGAGCACUGCAUCUUCGUCCGCCAUGAUCCUCCCCAACAAUUACAACAACAAUAGCCAUGGCUGGAAGUCAACGCACGGGAAAAUACCAACUUCAAGAACAAUACUGUUGUACCUGAAAAGACAUCGGGCUCUUGCAUACAUUGUCCUAGCUGGGUUCGUUUUGCUACUUUGGCGCGGCGUCUCCAGACGCCCUCAUGACAGAUUCUACUGCUGGGGUCCGCCAAAGGCGCCCAUGGACAUGACGAGCAACGAGCGGGCGGCCUGGGGUCGACACCUGCAGACACCCGUUCUGUUCAACCCUCAUAAACCCAUCGAAGUCGACUCCCCGACGAUUAAGAAUGUCGACAUGAACCCCGUCAGGUCCACACGCAAGGCUGUCGCGAAUAAGGAAAAGGUCUUAAUCCUGACGCCUCUCAAGGACGCCGCCCCCUAUCUGUCCAAGUACUUCGAGCUUAUCGGCCGACUGACGUACCCCCAUCAACUGAUCGACCUUGCCUUCCUGGUUGGCGAUUCCAGCGACGAUACCCUUGCAGUGUUGGCUGCCGAAGCCGACAGGUUGCAAAAACGGACCGACUCUGUGCCCUUUCGCAGCAUCACUGUCGUGGAGAAGGACUUCAAAUUCCACCUCAGCCAGAACGUGGAGGAGAGGCAUUCUUUCGAAGCCCAGGGGCCUCGGCGUAAGGCACUGGGGCGGGCGAGGAACUAUCUCCUAUCCGUGGCGAUGAAGCCAGAUCACUCCUGGGUGUACUGGAGGGACGUCGACAUUGUAGAGAACCCCGCAGCUAUCAUCGAGGACUUCAUCGCCCACGACGUCGAUAUCAUAGUGCCAAAUGUUUGGUUCCAUCGCAUUGAGGACGGGGUGGAUAUCGAGGGUCGCUUCGACUAUAACUCUUGGAUUGAAUCCAACAAAGGCCGCAUGCUGGCGAAUAAGCUCAGCAAAGACGUCGUUCUUGCCGAAGGUUACAGCCAAUACAAGACUGGCCGUACGUACAUGGCCAGGAUGGGCGAUCGCACCAAGAACAAGGACGAGGAAAUCGAUCUUGACGGUAUCGGCGGCGUCAACAUUAUUGUUAAGGCUGACGUACACCGGUCAGGCAUCAAUUUCCCUUGUUACGCUUUUGAGAACCAAGCCGAAACGGAAGGAUUUGCCAAGAUGGCAAAGAGAGCCGGCUACAGAGUUGUUGGCUUGCCCAACUACGUUGUGUGGCACAUUGAUACGGAUGAAAAGCCGGGUAAUGCGUAGGGGGCGUUGGCGAUGUAUGCGAGGCGGUUCAAUACCAUUGACACCACAAGGUGCGAAGGCUUUACCCCUGUUAAUAUUUGUAUAUAUGAAGGAAUCUGUUGUGUAAAGU